CCAAUCCGAUAGGAAAACUGGAAAGAAGGGGGGAGGAAACGAGGGGCAAUCAGUCGUUAGAGUGAUCAAUCGCCGUCAGAGGCGGCUGCAACCGGAUUGCUCUUUCUCCCCGCCUUUCCUCUCGAUCUCAUAGUUUCAAAUCCUUAUCCAUGUUAUGUUCCCCGAACUCCUGGCGAAUCUGGAUUGAUUUGGCAAUUUUCUGAAGGAGUUGUUGUUGGUGGAUGAGAAGUAGAGCUAGAAGAUGAGGAAGAAGCUAGGCACCCGAUUCCCGGCGUCGAGAAUAAAAAAGAUAAUGCAGGCAGAUGAAGAUGUUGGCAAGAUUGCGUUGGCUGUGCCUCUUCUUGUAUCAAAGGCUUUGGAGUUGUUCUUGCAAGAUCUUUGUGACAGGACAUAUGAAAUUACUCUCCAAAGGGGAGCCAAGACAUUGAAUUCUUCACACCUAAAACAAUGUGUGAAGAUUCAUAGUGCUUAUGAUUUUUUAACUGGUGUUGUCAACAAGGUACCCAACCUUGGUGGCAUGGAAACUUCUGAAGAUGACAAGGGAAUCGGUCACAGAAGGAAGACACUGCCACCUGGGGAUGACAUCGAUAGCAAUGAGGACCUUCAAUUGAGGUCCCCUAAAAUGGCUAUGAUGGAUGCUAGUGUUAGUCCUAGAGGUCGUGGCAGAGGUAGAGGAAGAGGCAGAGGACGAGGCCGGCCACCAACCAAGCAUAGAGAGGAACGGUAUGUGAAAUGUGAAGAUGACGACGACGACAUAAUGUUAGGGGAUCAGGAUGAGGCCCCGAUUGGACAGCCUGUACAGUCUGAGAUUGCUUCUGCUUCCUCGGCUUCAAUCAUUGCGGGACCUGCAACUUCAACCGCAGUCGAGAUUAAGCAAGAUCAGCAAACUGCUUGGCAUCCGCCUGACGGAGUGGCCAACAUCGGCAUAGAACCACCCAGACUUGUACAAUUAACCGUGCGGAUAGACGAGGAUGAGGAUUAUGACAACGAAGAUUAGUGAAGCUGAUUGUAAUUUUUUAACCUGUCUAGUUACUAACUAAGCUAUUUCGCCUGUAAAUUUAUCUCAUCCCUAAAGCAGGGUUAGUGUUUAGGAGCUUUAGCUAAAACUACGUAAUAUUAGAACAUUUUGUGAUAGAUAUUAGAGUACAAUGUUAGAACGAACAUAAAUGAUGAAUAUUAAAGUUUCUUUAAUAAAAAUUGUCACAUUGUAACUCUUUGGAUAA